UCAAAAGGGGCAAUUUCCUUCUCUCUCUGUUUUUUCUAUGUGAUUUGGAAUCUAUAGAAAGAUUUGAGGCAUUAGCAAUUUGCUCAUUGGAGAUUCCAUCUCACAGUUUUGGUGUGUGUUUUUACAAAUCAAAGCUGGCCAGCUGACAGGCACAUGCUUAAGCUUAACUACCAGGAGCUACCACUCGUCCCAUACGAUGCAGAACAGCUAAUUAACCAAGCAAUUCCGAUCACCUUCAUACUAGUAGUAGAGUGGGUGGUUGAUGCGGCACCCGAACUGGCAUCUUCUGAUUGGACAAAUGGUUUCUUUGAGGUUGUUUGGCCGCUGUUCUUGCUUUCACGCAGAUUCCACGUCCAACGUAGUUUUCGGUUUGAUCAGGAUUGAUUACUUGAAAAGCUAAAGGUUAUAGACCAGUGCAAACCAAUUUGGAAACUACCAAGUACCAACUCACGUACCCAACGACUCACUCUCCGGACGCCUACUGGCUAUGCGAACUUGCGAAGAAAAUACAAAAGAAAACAUGUUUCAUUUCAUCUGAUCCUUUCUUGUCGUUGUUCCUCUACCCUUUCUGUUGGUCGUUGGAGUUGAUUUGUGAAGCAUGUAUGGAAAUUACAGGAAGCGCCGGUCAUUGGAUCAUCAGGGUGCUCUUUUUUUUUUUUUUGAAAGGUAUCAUCAGGGAGCUGCCAGCAAGUGAAGGUAAACUGCGGUGGGCACCGGCAGGGGGUUGGAGUACGGCAAACUGCGGAAAAUCUCGUCUAAAUGUGAUAUACCACAUUUCAAUAAACAAUAUCCUUCUUUUCUAUGAUCAUUUUCUCAUUUUGUUAUUGCUGCUGGAAAAAAAAUUAAUCACAUAAUAUCUUCUAUACUCCCUCGGUUCAAAUUAUUAAUCAUUUUAGCUUUUAUGGUAUAUAGUUUUUGUUAUACUAUAGAUAUAUGUCAUGUAGUCUAGGUGUACAGUAAAGUCAAUGUAUCUAAAAAAACUAAAACGACCGACAAAGGACGACCGGAGGGAGUAUGUUCAUGCUUCUAGCUCGUCUGUUUGUGUGAUGUCUAUAUAUGAAUUGUGUAGUUUGGACCUGCGUGUGGGAAAAGAAAAGGCGUGGUACAAAAAGUGUCGUUAUAUAUUAAUUCUAUCACUAAAAUUACUAGAUAAUUGAUAGUUUUUUAGAUAAAAAAUAUUUCAAUAUUCCCGCGUCUACAUCACAGUGUGAAAUAUCCGGUCAUUAUUAUAAAUUGAAGACAAUGUAUGGAGAAAAAAAGAUGAAUUUAGUAAACAAUUUAUUAUAAAUAAAGUCUAUUACUGAACCACCAACUUUUUUCGCAAAAAUCUCCAUAGCCAUGGACCCCAACACUCAAGUCUUUGAUAUAGUAUUUCUGUUCUUCUCUUUCUGAAGCAAAGUCUAAAAUUUUAUCCAGUAACGCUCUAAGAAGGAUAUGCAAAUAAGGCUAUGGAUUCACUUAUCAAAAAAAAUAUCAUUUCUGAUUAGCCACGUAGCCCCACAAACCGCACUAUAUCAUCAAACUUAGUCUAUCCCAUAUCCCCGCAAAGUUAGGUUGCGGUCAUCCAUAUUCAGAAGAAUAUCUCAUAUCCUCGAAAAACUCAAGUUCUAAAGCUCGGAAGGGCCUUCUGGUUUGAUCACUACUGACGUGUGGACUAGGCCCAGCCCAACUGCAGAGGAACCACUCCCUAAAAUGCUCCCAAAAAAAAAAACACUCCCUAAAGCUCAUGGCGGUUUUGGAAUUAUCCACGUCACUCUCACUCUAGCUGUGCCCCACACCUCGUCUCUCCCACCGGCCCCGUUCACUCAGAUCUCAGCCAAUCGGCCAUGGCGGCGGCACCUACCCCAGCGCCGGCGCCGCACGUGCUACUCGUCCCCUUCCCAGCGCAGGGCCACGCCCUGCCGCUCCUCGACUUCGUCGCCCUCCUCGCCGCACGCGGCCUCCGUCUCUCCGUCGUCACCACCCCAGCAAACCUCCAACUCCUCUCCCCUCUCCUCGCCGCGCACCCCGCCUCCGUCAGCGCCGUCACCUUCCGGUUCCCCUCCCACCCGGCCCUGCCCCCGGGCCUCGAGAACACCAAGGGCUGCGGCCCGGGGCAGUUCCCCACCUUCAUCCACGCUUUCGCCAAGCUGCGCGAGCCCAUCCUCGCGUGGGCCAGGGCGCAGCCCGAUCCCGUCGUCGCCGUCGUGGCCGACUUCUUCUGCGGAUGGACUCAGCCGCUGGCCCGCGAGAUUGGCGCCGCGGGGAUCGUGUUCUCGCCGUCCGGCGCCCUCGGCACCGCCGUCAUGCACUCGAUCUUCCGCCGCCUGGUUAGGCGGCCUGCGGACAGCGACGACGGGUUCACCGUCGCGUUCCCGGCGAUUCCAGGCGAGCCGUCGUUCCAGUGGAGAGAGCUCUUGAUGAUGUACGCGAACUACAUGGCCGGCAAGCUGGAGGAGCAGGUCGGCGCGUCGGUGAGGCAGAACUUCCUCUGGAACCUGCAGGAGAGCUGGGGAUUCGUGUCGAACACGUUCAAGGCGCUCGAGGGGAGAUACCUGGACCAGCCGCUCGAGGACCUGGCCUUCAGGCGCGUCUGGGCGGUGGGCCCCGUGGCUCCGGAGACGGACGCCGCCGGCGCCCGCGGCGGGGAGGCAGCUGUCGCGGCCGCCGAUCUCAUGGCGUGGCUGGACGCGUUCCCGGAAGGCUCGGUCGUGUACGUGUGCUUCGGGAGCCAGGCGGUGCUGACCCCGGCCGUGGCGGCGGCACUGGCCGAGGCCCUGGAGCGCAGCGCCGUGCCGUUCGUGUGGGUCGUGAACGCCGGGAACAGCAGCGUGGUCCCGGACGGGUUCGAGGCGCGCGUCGCGGGGCGCGGGCUGGUGGUGCGCGGGUGGGCGCCGCAGGUGGCGGCGGGGUGGUUCAUGACGCACUGCGGCUGGAACUCGACGCUGGAGGCGGUGGCCGCGGGGGUGCCCAUGCUGGCGUGGCCCAUGACGGGCGACCAGUUCUUCGACGCGCGGCUGCUCGUGGACGAGGCCCGCGUCGCGGUGCGCGCGUGCGCGGGCGGCGUCGGCAUCGUCCCCGACGCGGGCGAGCUCGCCUCCGUGCUGGCCGACGCGACCGGGGAGAAGGGGCGCGACAUGAGGGCGCGCGCCAAGGAGCUCGCGGCGGAGGCCGCGCGCGCGGUGAAGGAAGGCGGGAGCUCCUACGCUGAUCUGGACGGGUUGGUGCAGGAGAUUCGGAAGCUUGGUUGAGCUGAAUUCAGGCGGUUUGACAUAGGUUCAGCUGCAAGCCUGCAACUAUCUUCAGAUACUGGUAGCAUAUCGGUUGAGAAUAACAGAAGGUAAGAAAGAUCGAGUGCUUUUAGGGAGCAUUGGCAAAAGCACAAAUUCGCUGUGGUCUGCAGAACAAUUCGAGGCUUCAGUAACUACCAUUUGCCAUUCUUGCAGACAAAUGAUUGUCUUCAAUUUCGCACUGAAUAGUUUGGCUGUAUGCUCGCAAAGAUGACCAACUAAUGGCACAUGCUUAGCUCUCA